CAUAAAGAGAGUAGAUGGUGAACUGAAUCAUAUUACAGUGUCUUUCAUUCGAAUCGAAGCAGCUGUGGAGAUAGGAGAUACCGGACCACUACAAGCAUUAUUACUCCCAUUCCGAAGUCUUYGAUUUUUCGCAAUGGACAGUCGAAGAGGUUCUUGGCGGUAAGAGCGAAGAAAGUCGGGAUGCGCUUCACGGAUGGCAUUGGUUUGUUGGCUACUUCCUGCUGAGAUGAUUCUGUAUCGCCUGCCGCCGGGUCUUUUGUUCCGCUGCCCGUCGCAUUUUCGAAUCCAUCUCAUUGGUUUUGUUUCCUGUUGAUACCUUUUUCCAUAACAAUCCUUGGAAUGUCGCCGUGCUGUGUUCCCCCAUCAGAGGAGGAGGAAACGACAGGGAUCGUCCCGUGUCUUCCUAUGCCUCUCUGGCCGCGGAYCCCCCACCUACGUACCUCGAACGAGAACGUGGAGAGGGUGAAUUCCGGGGAGGUGGUCGUGGCAGAGGCAGGGGAAGAGGCCGCGGCAGGGGACGCGGUGGAAGAGGCCGGGGCCGCGGGAGGGGYGGMUCGUCCUUCCGGGAUUCUUUCCGGGGAGGGGGCCGGGGCGGUAGUCCCGACGUCGGCGGCGGCAUCCACAACGAUCGGGGUCGAGCCARCAGGGAUCGAUUCGCGCCGUCGCUGUCGGACCGGGGAGCACCGGAUCGACCGUCCCCGGGGCGCAGCAGCAUGGGAGGCGCUUCCCGGACCAGCGGCGGCAUCGCAGCASCWKCUGCUGCCGMKGCWCAGGAAUCUAAGCGCGAGGACGACAGCGGCUACGAAAGCGGAGAACUCUCCCCGUCUCCGCCCAAACCGGUAGACAUGGACCCUCCACCGAGGAGGAUGGGGAGCGGUAUCCCGAACCCCGGCGACAACUACGGCGGAGGCGUGAACCAUCACAUGGGAUGUGACGAUUUCGAUCGCAGGGGCAGCGGAAGAAUAUUCAACGAGGAACGCGGCAUGGGUCCCCCCGAYAUUGGUGGAAACCCCUACUCGGGCCAACGGGAUGGGCUGUCGAUKCACYCACGGUAUACGGACGAUCGCGAUCGUCCCCCGUUCGACUCCCGCGGUCCCAUUGGCGGAAGAGGCCUCGAGCGAGGUGGAGACUACGACGACCGCGGCAGGGGGCGUGGAAGAGGCGACUUUGAUGACCGCGGAGGAGGUAGGGGUCGCGGGCGUGGUGAUUUUGACGACCGCAUUGAGAGAGGCGGGAGAGGCCCGGGCGGAAAGGGGAGAUUCGGCGGUGAGAUCCUCGACGACCGAGGCAGGGGUCGAGGACUGGGAGAGAGAGGUGGCGGUAGGUUCCACGACGACAGAGGAGGAAGGAAUUUCGAGGGCGGCCGUGGCAGAGGAGGAAGAGGUCGCGGCGGGAUGGGGAGGUUUGGUGCCGCCGGUGUUGCCGGUAGGUUCGACGGCAUGGACGGUGGCGGAAGAGGCCGAGGGGAGGGCAGGGACGGACGGUUCCACGACGAAAGGGGAGGAAGACACGGUGUUGGUGGAGGAAGGGAUUCCUUCCGAAGAAUGGGCGAUUUCCCGCCACGCGAUGGCGACAGAAAUGGGCCACGACGUGACAUGCCCUCGCCCCGUGCCGAUGGUCCCCGAGACGCACCUCGCGACGGGCCGGUUCGAGACGGACACAUGGAACUAUUGCGAAGAGGAGAAGACCCAGCGAGAGAUCUCCCUAGGGAUUUCCAGCGGCGGGACGAACCCCGUGACUUUCCAAACAGAGAUGAACCGAAUAGAGAUGGGCCAACCAGAGAUUUUCCUAGAAAAGAUGAACCCCGUGACUUUCCGAACCGAGAUGGACCGAUCAGGGAUGGUCCCAGGGACUUUCCACCAAGAGAUGGUCMAAAAAGGGAUGGUUCAAGAGAUUUUCCUCUGAGAGAUGGUCCAAACAGGGAUGGUCCCAGAGAUUUUCCUCCAAGAGAUGGUCCAAACAGGGAUGGCCCAAGAGAUUUCCCACAAAGAGAAGGACCUACUAGAGAUGGUCCAAGAGACUUUUCCYCACGCGAUGGUCUUGGGAGGGAUGUUCCUAGAGAUUUUUUGAAGCGUGACGAGCCUCGAGAGAUGCAUCGACKAGACGGACCGAGGAACUUCCCUCCAGGCGGGCCCCGAGAUUUCCCACGGAGAGAUGAACCUCUUCGAGAUGGUUCGAGAGAUUUUCCUCGGAGAGAAGAGCCAAUGCGAGAUGGUCCAAGAGACUUACUGCGGAGAGAUGGACCUCGAGACUUUCCACGAGCAGAUGAACCCGURAGGGACGGAAUGCGAGGGCUGCCUGGCGAGGGACCUCGCGAGGGACCCAGAGAUGGACGAGAAUCAAUGUAUAUGCGUGAAGAGGAUCGAUACCAGSCACCUGGAAGACAAUCUAUAGGAUGUGGUAGUUACAGCAAUAUUUUGAACGAAACCGACUUGAGAAAAGACCAGAACUUGGGACUUGCUUCGGAAAWUGAUAGAUUCAACAAACGUGGACGCGACGAUCGUGAUUUCCGCUCCAUCGAUCGCAUCGAGAAACGACCGAGACCCGACGAUUAUGGUCCCCUACGAAACAGUGUUCAGCGACYGUUACCAAAUUCUGAUGACCGAUCGUUUGGACCUCGGGACCGAGCUGCCGAUGAAAGCACACUGAGGCCUGGACCACUAAUGGGUAGCAGAAAUAGUGGUGCUGGUUCUCYACCGCAGGACGAUGKYAAGGGGCACGGUCAACCCGCGGGACUCCGUGAUGAUACAACUUCCAAACCAUUUAAUCGACCCGAAUUUCCCCAUGAASCGAAGAGGGAUUACUAUGGUCGUGAAGGCCAUCCACMAAUCAAUUCUCCGUAUGAUCGGGGCCGUGAUCACCCCAUGGACGAUGUUCGACCGGAACGGAGUCCAUGUCCGGAAAGAGGUCGAGGAGAGCGUGGCCGUGGUGGACGCGGAGCGUUCCGAGGAAGGGGACGUGGYAACAGAUCUGAUUUUGGUAGAGGUGGCGGUGCAGAAUUUGCCAGGAAUUUCCCGCCAGGCGGUCGGGACUUUGAUGGCAACAGAGAUCCGAAUUUAGAUCCAACCUAUCACAGAAAUGAUGAAUCCWGGAAUCGUCGGGAUGUAGAAGGUGAACGCAGCUUUGACCCGGGCAACAACAGAGAUCAACGCGAACGCGAGUCMCUUCCAAGUUUUUCGUCYUAUGGCCAACUAGCUUCGAACGAAACACCUAAGCCAACAAAGGGCAAUGCAAGCGCCAAGGGCUCUGCUGGAACCGCUCCUCAGGUUAGACCAGUCCAAGAGAGGAAAAAGUCAGAACCAAAAACAUCGCMACCCGUUGUAGCAGAGACCCCGAAGAAAGCAAAACAAGUUUCCAAGAAGGAAGAAGAGAAAGAAACCGAAUCCCGGCCAGCUCGCCCUCGUGCACCUACACCACCACCGAAAGGAAAGCCCACGGGUGUGAUGCUUGCAUUGGCGCGACUUCUAGAACUGGAAGCAUCCAUGGAAUUUGCAUACGCCAAGCACAUGUUGCUUGUAAAGCAGCAAAAAGAGUUAGAAGAGCAAUACAAAGUUCUCGAGACUCUGCCUGUGGGCAUCGACGCGAUCAAAGAAGAUUUAGAACAGUAGUUUACUCUGUGUCUUGCACAAGUUGAAGUCAUUUUUUUCUGGUCAUAAGCUUUAUACUGUC